AUGGCCGCCGAGACCAAGGCUCCGUUCGCGGAACAGGAUCCUCAAGAGAUCCAAACCCUCGUUGCUGGACUCAACGGCUCCAUCAACAAAGGCAACAAGGGCUUCCGGGCCAAGAAAACCACUUUCAAAGUCCACGACUCACCCGAUGGCAUCACAGUAGACUCUUGGAGAUUCCAGGAUUGGGAUUACAAGAAACCCAAUCUGCCUACAUAUGCCCGCGGCUUGUUCACCACAAAGAACCGUCGAGGUCAGCAUGAGAUUGCCAUCAGAGGCUACGACAAGUUCUUCAAUGUCAACGAGACAAAUGACACCAAGUGGCCAAACAUCAGCUCCAGAACAAAGGGUCCUUACGAGCUUACACUCAAGGAGAAUGGGUGCAUCAUCUUCAUCGGAGGCCUAGAGGAUGAUACCUUGCUCGUCUGCAGCAAGCAUUCCACCGGGCCACGAAGUGAUGUCGAGUUGAGCCACUCCAUGGCUGGCGAGAAGUGGGUUAACAGACAACUGCAGGCCAUUGGAAAAACCAGAGCAGAUCUCGCACGCGAGCUGCGGACCAGGAAUGUCACGGCCGUCGCAGAGCUCUGCGAUGAUGAUUUUGAGGAGCACAUUCUUGCUUACGGUCCGGAGAAGGCCGGUCUCUACCUCCAUGGUAUCAAUAUCAACAUGCCAGAGUUUAUGACUUACCCUAGCGAUCACGUCCAAAAGUUUGCUGAUGACUGGGGAUUCAGGAAGGUGGGCUUACAGGUCUUCGAUGACAUGGACACUGUCCGCACUUUUCUUGAAGGCGUCGCAGAGACAGGCGCUCAUGAGGGCCGUGAUGUUGAGGGCUUCGUCAUUCGAUGCCAAAUGUCUUAUGACCCUCAGCGAACGCCAUACAACGACUGGUUUUGGAAGUACAAGUUCGACGAGCCUUAUUUGAUGUAUCGUCAAUGGCGUGAGUGUACCAAAGCCUUAAUUGCAGGCAGACCACCCAAGUACAAGAAGCACAUCAAGAUCACUGAGGAAUACCUCCUAUAUGCUCGCAAGCGCCUCGCUCAGGAUCAUCAACUCGGGAAGCUCUACAACCAGAACCAUGGAAUCAUCAAGUUGCGGGACGAUUUCCUUGCCUACAAAAACAUGAAAGGCUCUGACGCAGCAAAUGUUGAAAAUGACGGUCUCGACGAUGGUGCUUUGGUGACUGACAGCGUUGUCAUCGUCCCAAUCGCCACUAUUGGUUGCGGCAAGACCACCGUCGCAGUGGCACUGACGCAUCUGUUCGGCUGGGCCCAUGUGCAAAAUGAUAAUAUCACUGGCAAGGGCCGUCAGGCACAAAUGGUCAAGCAAGUCAUGCAGCUUCUCGCCGAUGGCAACCCAGUCGUCGUCUCUGAUCGCAAUAACUCCGAACGUCGUGAAAGAGAGCAGAUCAUCAAGGACGUAAAGCUUCAGCAUGCACAAGCACGUCUUGUUGCAAUGAAUUUUGCACAUGGCGAUAUCGAAGAGGUCAGACGAGUGACACGUGAUCGGGUUCUUGCUCGAGGUGAUAACCACCAGACAAUUCAAGCUGCUUCCGAUGAGUCCAAGGUCACCAGCAUCAUGGAAAACUUCCUCCAUCGUUUUCAGCCUUGUGAUCCUGAAAAAUCUCCCGACGACGGAUUCGACUUGAUAGUUGACCUCGACCCUGCUAAAACUAGUCGCGAGAAUGUAGAGAUCAUGGUGAAUGAGCUUCACCGCAAAUACCCUCGCCUGGUUCCCGACAUCCCGAGUGAAGAGGACAUGGAUGAGGCGGUGAAAGCCGCUAUCGAGCACUAUAAGCCCGACCUCCGACAUACCAUUCCCGACCGGGGCGGCAAGAAUAAACAGAAUGGUGGCCAACCUCAGCAGCAGCAGUCAAGGGCACAAAAGAAGAAGCCUCUGGAGUAUAUGUCUAUUUCCGUGCCUGCAAAGGAUGUGAUUGAUAUCCUAGAAACCACUUUCAAGAACACCGAUGCCGAAACAUCCAGAUUUUACAAGCAGCUUCAGCAGACCCGCCGCAUCCAACCACAGUUUCACAUAACCUUGAUGCAUCGUGCUGUCUCCAAGGAUUAUCCUGAGCGAUGGGCUGAGUAUUGCAAGCUUGAGGAGGAGAGUAUAGCUCAGGGUGGCCGCAUUGCCGAAUGUGACGUUGAGCUUGAGAGGGUUAUUUUCGACGACAGAAUCAUGACUAUUGUGGCUAGGAUAUCCGAUCCGCAAUGGGCGAGCGUCAAUCAAGUAGCACAUGUCACCAUUGGCACUCGUGAUCAAAGCGUUAAGCCCAAGGAGAGCAAUGACGUGAUAGCUCGAUGGCUUCAGGAGGGCGCAUCGAACGGAAUCGGCGAGCGGGCCUUCGAGCCCAAGCCAGUCCUUAGAGGGGUGGUUCGUGGUGUACUGGCACGAUAG